ACUGAUGCAUCCUCCACCAGUUAUCAUUUCUGUUGUGUGUUUAAUUCUAUUUCACUGUGAUCUUGUUGACUUUGAUAGUGUGGUAAAAGCAGCAAACCUUUGCAUAAAAGGUGUAGUUUUCCCGUCUGCUGGAAAAGAGCUCGAAUAUGUGUGUGAGCUUGACAGCGAUACGAAGACAAAGCAGAAAAAGAGAGCAACAAGUAGUUUGGCAGGAAGUGUGCUUACGAUGAAUAUGGAAAAUAGCCAUGAGGAUGAGGAUGCAGGGUGUGAUCUUCAUGAGACCCUUGAAAUCAAGAAAAGCAGUCAGGCAGUCAUGAAAGAUAAUGAUAAGCUGUGUGAGUCAACAAGAAAACGUAAGGAGCAGAAUGAUGAACCAGAGGACCAGACACAGACCUCUGUGCAGAACUGUGACGAGGACACAAAGGGCAUCACUUAUAAAGAAACUCCUGAUAUUAUUGAUGCACAUGUUCCAAUGGAGCCAAGCAAUGGAGAAAAGGCAAUUGAAUCAACUUCACCAGAUGCCAAGCUGGUCAAGAUGACUUGCAUGUCUACAGUGAUGUCAGGGACAAACCUCAGUUCCUCCGUAAAUACAAGUAAUACACAUAAUGUAGAUGUGGAGAUGAGAACAGAGAGUCCAGCAUGCAAAGAGUCUCUGCCUAGCAACUCUCCUGCCUGCCCCGACUUGCAAGACCCCUGUUCGAGUGUUGACCCAAUGGUGGUGGAGCCCAAACCCUUAGUCCCCAAUCCAGAAGCUGUAGACAACAUCAAAGAAGAACUUGAAGUGACACCCAUGGAAACAGAUGACACAGAGGGGCAAAACUCUGGUGCUGAUGCUUUUGUUCCCGAAAAUGUUGUUGAGACUGAACCUGAGAGUGACCAGACACAGGUGUCUUCUUCAGAAAGUGAGCAAGUGUCAGCAGAGCAGAAAGAACAGGAAUGGCUUGGGACCCCAAUAAAGGAGCUUAGAAGAAUGCCUCAGUGUGGACAGUCCCUGCCACACCUCAGGGCAACAGACAAUCACAAAGUACUCAUCAGGACAGACCUGCUCAAAGAAGGUCAAGUCCCCCAUCCAUAUCCGAGCAAAUACAGAGAUUCCUGGGAUGAUAUGACUGUAAAGAUGCCUUGUUCAGAAAAGAACCUAUUUCCUGUGGAGAAUGAGGAUGGAAGUGUAGUGCAAAGUCGAUGGGAGUUGAUUCGUACAGCUUUGGAAGGAGAUUGCAAAAGUUCACUUGACAUUAGGGAUGCAAUAUUGAGUUACAACACAGUACAUACUAAAAGAUGGGACUUCACAGCUUUGAACUAUCUCUGCACUGAGGCUAUGGAUAAUGAAGAAGUACAGCAUCUCUUUAACGUCACAUUGCCAAAGCUGAUGAAACUGGUUUUGAAUACGCCCAAGAUUUGCACCCAGCCAAUCCCGCUGCUUAAGACAAGGAUGAAUCAGUCCUUGACCAUGUCACAGGAACAAAUUGCCUGCCUUCUUGCCAAUGCCUUCUUCUGUACAUUUCCCAGACGCAACUCGCGCAAGUCCGAGUAUGCCAGCUACCCCGAGAUCAGUUUUUACAGACUGUUUGAAGGUUCUUCCUCACGCAAGAUUGAGAAACUCAAAACUCUGCUGUGCUAUUUCAGAAGAGUCACUGAAUCAAUGCCCACCGGCCUUGUCACAUUCACGCGACAGAGCUUGAGCGGUUUUCCAAAAUGGGAAAGUUCAAAGAAACAGCUCACCCGUCUUCAUAUCACCUGUAAGGGCACCAUAGAGGAUGAGGGCUACGGGAUGCUUCAGGUGGACUUUGCGAACAGGCUCGUGGGUGGAGGGGUGACCGGUAUGGGGUUGGUCCAGGAGGAGAUACGCUUCAUCAUCAACCCUGAGCUCAUGGUAUCACGCCUCUUCACAGAAGCUUUGGACCACAACGAGUGCCUCAUCAUCACAGGUCAGCACACACACAUGCACAGCAGUGGAAGAGGUCCGCUCCUCCCUGCCGUCUGUCCUGCACACCAUCACGCAUCUCUGUCUGAUUGA